UCCCUUUCACUUUAUCCCCUGCUUCCCACCUGCCUUCAUCUCCCACUUCCUCCUUCCAUCCUCUCUCCCUCCUCUUCCCCUACUUUCUUGUUUCUCCUCUAUCGCCUCCCCCUCCUUUCCUUCCUUCCCGGUUCCUCUGCCCCGCUCCUCUUCCCUCUUCUCCAAGAGCUGGAAACUUCAGUUUCCACUCCAUUUAUAAACAAUAAGCAGGCUGGAGAAAUGGCUCACUGUUGAGAGCCCGCUGCGCCUGCAGAGGACCCGAGCUGCAGUCUCAACACCCACAUGAUGAUUCACAAUCACCUACAGCUGCAACUCCAGGAUAUAGCGCCCCCUUCUGGCCUCAGAGGACACUGCACUCACAUGCACACACAUAGACACACCACAAGUGAGGCCCUGGCCACCCAAAUCUGGUCCCUGAGACUCACAGGCAAGUGGAAGGAGGGAAUGGAGCCCACAACAUAGUCAUCUGACCUCCACACACGCACACCCAAAUAAUACAUUUUAAAGAUUUGAUUUGUUGUGUGUAUCUGAUCUGUGUGUGAGACAGCCAGAGGCCUCAAAUCCCCUGGAGCUGCAGUGGCUGUGAGCCACCUAACCUGGUGCUGGGAACUAAACCCAGGUCCUCUGUGAGAGCACUAUGUUUUCUUUUUUUGUCGACUUUGUUUGUUUUUUGAGACAAGGUUUUCUGUAGCUUUGGUGCCUGUCCUGGAACUCACACUGUAGACCAGGCUGGCCUUGAACUCACAGACAUACCCCCCCCCCUGUCUCUGCCCAGUUUGAGAGCAAUAGGCACUCUUACUGGCUUGAACCAUCUCUCCAGCUCCAAUUAAAACACACACACCCUGGGUUGUGGUGGUAUACACCUUUAAUCCCAGCUCUCCAAGGGCAGAGGCAGGCGCACCUCUGAGUUCCAGUCCAGCCUGGUCUAUGAAUAGAGUUCCAGGAUAACCAGGACUGUUACACAGAGAAACCCUGUCUCUUUUUAAACCUGGGUGAGGUGGCACACGCCUGUCAUCUCAGCACUUGGACUGGUAAAGACCGAAGAUCAGGAGUGCGGAGUUAUUGCUGGCUGCAUAGCAAGUUUUGAGGUUAGCCUGAACUACAUGAGACCCUGUCUCACUGAUCCCCACCCUCCAAAAAAAUUAAUAUUUCAAGUGGUGGUGAGACACACCUUUAAUCUCAGCACUUGGGAGGCAGAGACAGGGAGAUGUCUGAGUUCAAGGCCAGUCUGGUGUACAAAGCAAGUUCCAGAACAGCCAGGGCUAUACAGAGAAAUGCUGUCUCAGAAAAGAAGAUUUGUUGUCCGCAGAUUUGGCAGCCCAGAGCUCGUUCACUGGGCUACACAGCUACCCCUGAUUAACUCCAGAACUCUCUGUCUGUCAUGUGGAAGCUCUCCUCAACACUAACUCCAUUCUGCUUCCUGCCUUGGGAGGUGGAGGCAAGAGGAUCCGUAUUCAAGGUCAUCCUCAGCUACUUGGUUCUGGACACAGGAGAGCGGCUUAUGGUCCCUGUGGAUGUCUUGGAAGAGGAGAACAAGGGGGCCCUGUGGAAGUUUCUGCUCUCAGGAGCCAUGGCUGGGGCAGUGUCUCGCACAGGGACGGCCCCCCUGGACAGAGCCAGAGUAUACAUGCAGGUGUACUCCUCCAAAAGUAACUUCAGGCACCUGCUGAGUGGCCUGCGGAGCCUGAUCCAGGAGGGAGGUGUCCGCUCGCUCUGGAGGGGCAAUGGCAUCAACGUGCUCAAGAUCGCCCCGGAAUAUGCCAUCAAGUUCUCUGUGUUUGAGCAGUGUAAGAAUUUCUUCUGCAGUGUGCAGGACUACCCGCCCUUCCAGGAGCGGGUGAUGGCGGGAUCCCUGGCUGUGGCCAUCUCCCAGACUCUCAUCAACCCCAUGGAGGUACUCAAGACUCGGCUGACCCUUCGCCUUACUGGCCAGUAUAAAGGACUUCUGGACUGCGCCAGGCAGAUCUUAGAACGGGAUGGCACCCAAGCACUGUACCGAGGCUAUCUGCCCAACAUGCUGGGCAUCGUACCCUAUGCUUGCACUGAUCUGGCUGUCUAUGAGCUACUCCGGUGUUUGUGGCAGAAGUCGGGCAGGGACAUGACAGACCCCAGUGGCCUGGUCAGUCUGUCAUCUGUAACACUGUCCUCGACCUGUGGCCAGAUGGCCAGUUACCCGCUGACUUUGGUGCGCACACGGAUGCAGGCACAAGACACUGUGGAGGGCUCCAACCCCACCAUGCUGGGAGUCUUCCGGCGAAUACUGAGUCAACAGGGCUGGCCUGGGCUGUACAGGGGCAUGACACCCACAUUACUGAAGGUGUUACCAGCAGGCGGUAUCAGCUACGUGGUGUACGAAGCCAUGAAGAAAACCCUGGGUGUACAAGUCCUGAGCAGAUGACAUGCCCCGAACAGAAAGAGAAUGGAAUUCCCAGUGUUUCUGGGUCUCAGAAAGCCCACUAAGGCUCAGGCUUUAGGGCCAUUUUGGUUUGCAAAAACCAUCCAGGACUAGGGUUAGAAGUGCUGGGAUUCCCUCCUGCAGGAUACAGUCUGAGUUGAUUUGACAUUCCAGCCUGCUUUGUUGCAGGCUCGUCCAACAGAAGGUGUGGACAAAGAAUAAAGAUAGUUUUGGCUGUCUCUGUCUGGGAUUAGCUGGUUCAGGGUGGGGAAUCUGAGUAUGGGGGCGUAUGCCAGUGUAGAGAGCUUGUCCAAAAAAGUCCUGGAUUCAACCCCCACCCUGAGGGCCUGGGAAACAAGGGACUUAAAAGUCCCGGUAGGGACCUGAGAUUUUUGGAUCCAGGGUGUUAGCUGGGGUUUUUAGACCCCCUGUAAGAGAGAUCCUGUCCAGGGUGGGUCCUGGGUUGGGACCUGGGUCCAGUUUAGAAACAGGUUUGCAAUAAGUUUGAGGAGUUGGUGGCCUUGAGUACUGGAAGAAAUAAAGGUUCUGGGUCUCGGAAUGAGAGGGAAGACCGGGGACACCCCUGGGUUCUUCACCAAACCUCGGGCCGCCCACAUCCCCAUAAACAGAUCCCCCAGGCUUCGAGCAGGCCACGUGCAAGUGCUCCCAGAGACAGGCUGCUGGCGCGCUGAUCUAGAGGUCAGGCCGUAGUUCCGGCGGCAGGGCACCACCGCCCACGUCCGCUGCCAUUCACUCGGGCUCCCGCUAAUCCGCUCUCGCCGUCUGGUAACGGGUUCCACCCAAUGCAGGUGCGCGCCCAUCAAAACAGGGCGCUUUUACUUCCGUCGCUGCUACUCGUUCAGGGAGAUGUCAGUCAUCGAACGCUUGCUCCUGUCGCUCAGCCAUUGGCUCCGAAGUCGAGGGACAUGGAGUCUAAGCAAAGCCGUCAAGUCCAAAUCCAAGCACAUCACCCCAAAGCGCUUCAGAGACUGGGUUAAGGGACUGCCGGUCUCGACAAGCACCGCCUCCCGCGUGCACUCACUGGCUGGCAUUCACAACUAUCUCCCCGCGGGCCCGCCCGCUCUGCCAGGAGCGCUUUCGCUAAGCCCCGCCGUCAGGCCCACGUGACUGGACAGCGCCAUCGCUCUCAUUCUGGAGCCGCCCAGCGAAUCUGGAGCUCACGCUUCAUUGGCCUCCUGUCUUCUCGCGUGACUUCGAACUGCCCGCCCUGCUCCGGCAGCCCACGGUUUAUUGACUCCUAUAGACGUCAGUCACUCCGUACCUCCCGCCCCCUGAGC